GCCAGGCUGCCCAACCCCGGCUGGAACAAUAAUAUUUUGCCCUUUUAUUUACUAUCGCACAAAUGUUUGACCUUUCUUGAAAAAGGAGUUUUUCAAUAAAUAAAAAAAAAUCGGCUUUCCUCUUAGUAAACCGGUAUUUUCCAAUAAAACAAUAUUUAAUUCUGAAAAUGCAUUAACAACAAGCGGACUUAUUGAUUCACAUCGGAUAGGACAACGACCACUGCUCAAACCUACUUUUGCAACUUUCAGGAUCUAUUAUUAUUGACUGACAUUCAUUCAUAAUUAGUGCCAGAAGAUUAAUUUUCAAAGUCAAAAUGAAGAUGGGACUUUUGAAAAAUUUUCUACACUUUUUCACCCUCAGACAGGGAACUUUGCUAAUCGCAAAACUGCAAUUGUUACUUUCUGGGUACAUAAUAAUUUUCCUAGUCUUGGGUCUGGCCCAUGUGACGGGAAUCCAAGAAAUGAUUGUCAGAGACACCGAAGAUGCUUUGGAGAGAGAAGCAUUGGAAGAAAUUACUUCAAAACGCCUAAAUAGUCAACGAAUGGAACUGGCACACCAAAAAGCUAUGGAGGAAAUGUACUCAAUGUACUUUGGUCUAGUGAUGACAAUAAUCCACUUCAUUACUUCGAUACUUUUGCUUUAUGGUGCUUUGAUGAGCAAUCGAUUUUUUAUGGCUCCCUGGAUGAUGAUGAUGAUGACAAUCAUCGCUUCUCUAAUCAUAUCACUAUUUAUCGUCAGAACAGACGACUGUCCUUUAAUUGCUCUCAUGGGAGGAAAAGCCAACAUUAGUGACCGACUCUUUGUACUCUUUUGCGCAACUGUUUGCAUGUACAUGUGGUUGGUAGUUUACUCAACGUACAAAAGUCUUGAAAUCAAGAAGGGAAUAAUUCACGAGGUACAUGAGGCGAAAAUAAAAUAUGCUCUCCCUAUUUCUAUGCACCAGGAGAAACACUCACAUAAAAAUAGCAUUCCACAGCCAUAUGACGUUUAGGGUAGUCAAAUUCACCUAACAAUUGCAAAUAAACGAAAAAAAUCAACAUUGAGCAUCAAUUGACGUGUUUGCGAUUUCAACUCCAAUGAAGGAAUUAUAAACUUCUGUUUCGAUUAUCUCAUAUCACGAUACUUGUUUCUCGUAAUUCCAAGUGAAGAAAAUCCAAGAAGAACCCAUUAGAAAUGAAGUAAAACUAGAAAUGAAUUAGUGAAUUUGCUGAUUGUGAUAAAUUAAUUAAGAGAAUAUCUUAGCGCUGUGAGUAAAAGCAAAAAAGAAGACUUGCAAUAGUAUAUUUCGAUAGGAGAGGCCAAAUGGGCUUUUUGCUCACGGCGAGUGUGAAGCUUUUUGCUCACUGCGAGUGCAAAGCUGUUUGCUCAUUGCGAGUGUGAAACUGUGCCUUCACUCUCAUAGUGAGCAAACCGCCCGCGAGGCCUCGUGUAUCAUAUUUUCCUUUAUCAAUUAUUGUGCAAAACCUGAGAUUAUUAACCGUUUACAAACAACGAAUAUAACUUCACUAACCCAUCUUGAUUUAAAAAAAAUUAAUUGUUUACGACGCUAAAUGACAUUAAUAGUAGAAAUGGCGAGCAAAAUGUUUGGGUAGCCAUGGAGAGUAUUUUGCUCACCAUAGAUAGAAUUUUGCUCACCAGACAUAAUUUUGCUCAUCGAUGUUGGAUAUUUUUCUCACAGUCUUCGCACACUGUGCGGAAUCGGCCAUUUUUGUUGUCUAUAAACAGUGAAUAAACAAAGGUUUUGCAUGAAUGUGUAAAGAAAAAAAGAGAUUUCUUUUAUGUAGAGAGUUUCAUUGGGUAUCACAGCUUUAUCAAUGUUAAAUCACGGAAUAGACCGUAUAAAAAACCGUAUUAUAUAUAAACUCGUAAACCUAAAAUCAAAUCAACUCGAAAUAAAGAUUAGUAUAUAAUAGUGACGGAAUAUUAAAUCCGUACAUCGAAGAUGGAAAUAAGUUAUUUAUUUUUUAAUAGAUGUUAUAUUCAAGUAGAAAAACUGAAUAGUUUUUUGAAAUUUAAGAUAUGUCCGAGAAACUUGUAAAAUAUGCCUAAGUAAAAAAGCAUGAUGAAUUGUACUUUAUAUUUCAGAAAACCAAACAUUUCUGUGAAAUUACAAUCUUGCUAUUUAAUGACGAUGUUCAAUAUCCAAAAAUAAAAAAAAAUGGAUAAGAUUAUUAAACUUAAAGAAAUUUACGCC